CUAUAAGCACCCUCGAGGAAAGCCCGCUUGCACGAGAGGCUGCGCUCGUCUGUAGAACGGCACGGAGUAGCUGCGGUGCUCCCAGGACGCAGAUUUGGUGCAAACUUUCAGCUUUAGAAGACAAGACUGAAAGGGAGAGAAGACGAGAGUAUGUCAACCUGUUCUUCUAAGGCUCAGAAUGCCAAACUGGGGAGGUGGCAACAAAUGUGGUGCUUGUGGCAGAACAGUGUACCACGCAGAAGAAGUUCAGUGUGAUGGAAGAAGUUUUCACAAAUGCUGCUUCCUCUGCAUAGUCUGCAGGAAGAACCUAGACAGCACAACAGUAGCCAUUCAUGAUGGAGAAGUAUAUUGCAAGUCUUGCUAUGGAAAGAAGUAUGGUCCAAAAGGAUAUGGCUAUGGCCAAGGUGCAGGCACUCUGAAUAUGGACAGAGGGGAAAGGCUGGGCAUCAAGCAUGACAAUACACCUUCUCAUCGACCUACAACAAGUCCAAAUACUUCAAAGUUUGCCCAGAAAUUUGGAGGCACAGAGAAGUGUUCCAGAUGUGGUGACUCUGUGUAUGCAGCGGAGAAAGUAAUAGGGGCUGGAAAGCCUUGGCAUAAAAACUGUUUCCGAUGUGCCAAGUGUGGGAAAAGCCUGGAGUCAACUACUAUGACAGAGAAGGAGGGAGAAAUAUAUUGCAAAGGUUGUUAUGCAAAAAACUUUGGCCCCAAAGGAUUUGGAUAUGGCCAAGGAGCUGGUGCUCUUGUUCAUGCUCAGUGAAUUGUUGGCACUACUGCAUUGAGAUGGUUCUGUAGUUUGAGAUGCAGCUUCAGUAUUACUGUGAAACUGAUUCUAGUGCUAUUACAGACUGAUUCUAGUGCUAUUACAGACAAAGCCUAUUUUCAUGCUUUCUUUUUAAACAUGUUUGGGUGAUUCUGGCACAGCUAAUUUCAAUAAAAAUGUGUAUUUAGAAUAUUCAUGUGUGUAGCUAAAUGGUUUCUAUUUUGUAUAGAUCCUCACCUAAAAAUCAGUGUAUUUCAACCACUUUCUUUUCCAAGACAUCUGAAGUAUACUAUGAUGUAUUUACACUGUCUAAAACACCUCAGGUUUCAUUGGGAAAGGGAACAAAACCAUAAACAUUUUUGACCCCAACAUAUGACCUUGAUUACAAACUAAUGAACAUGGCUCUUCCUUAAAAAUGAAACUUUUUAAAAACGUGCAAUAAAAUAUCCACACAAUUUUCAAUUCCUUAUAUAUAUGCUAGAUUUGAAACAGGAUCAGUGGUGGGAUUCAGCAGGUUUGCACCACUUUGCCAGAACCAUUUGCUAAAAUGGUUGUAAACAAUCAUUGUUAAAUUAUUUGAAUCCCACCACUAGUUAGGAUACAAAUGAAGUUUCUGAGACAGGGUCGAUUAAAAGACUAGCCAUUUCCCAGUGUUAAAAAUACAUAUAUCUCUGGCAGAGAUGGUGAAAAACUGUCAUUAGGGCAACCAAAAGACAGAGAGAAGGCAUUGCCCUAUGACAAGGAAGAAACUGUGUCACAUGGAAUUCUGAUGGAACUAUCACUGUAUAGGCACCUUUUCUUAAAGGUAUAAUAAACCUUUACAGAAGAACUACUAACUAUAGCUCUAUUGUGCAGCACAAAGAUGUUGAUCAUGUACAGUAAGAUAUGCCACUGCUGUCUCAAAACUGAAGUGUUCAAUAGGCUAUUGUUAUCUAAAGUUUUAUAAUCAGUUAUAAUCAGUCACAGGCCUUGUAAUUAUCUUUUUUUCUGAUGAUAGACCUUGCUUUAGAAAAGCUUUUAAACUAUGCCUUAUAUAUUCUACCUUUUACCAGUCUGCAAUGCUCAUUUAGCUGUUCAUACAUAAUGGUGAAAUGCAGGAGUUUUGUGUACAUACCUGUGUUUGGUUAGAGGCUAAAUAUAAUUCAGUAGUUGUAUUCCUGCCAUAAUAAAUCUAUCAGUAUAGUUGGCACAAACAAGAAACUAAUGUGUAGGCUUCAUCCACAGUUGAGAAUGCUGUGAAGGUUCAUGAGCAGAAGAAUGGAGUCUGCAAAUAUGUGAUUUAGCUCUGUGCUAGGCUAGUGGGCACAAUACUAUUUUCCUAUGUGCAAACUACUUAUACACAUGCUGUGUAUUCAUGACUGCAACUGUAAGGCAUUCUAUAUAAAAUAGCCCCAAUGAAUAACAUAAAUGCUAAUUAUUUGAUUUUAGUUGAAUUUUUUCAGAGCCAUGAAACUAAACUACAUUCUGGCAUGUUUGCCAAAUCCUUGAACUGUAUUAUUUCAGGCUACAGGUGGGAUAGCAUGUUUGGAUGUAGCUCAGUGCAAAAAGUUUCUUGUAUACUACACUAGAAUUUCAGAAAGAAGAGAAAGAACUUGUUGCAGGGAGUUUCUGGUGCUCAGAAGAUCCCUGUUCCAUUGCAAGUGAUAGAGUCCAGCACAGAUAUUGCUGAACAUGUAAUUUGGCCCUUAUUAAAAAGUACUGUACUUGUCUGAGACUUA